UAUCUAGAUUUACCGAAUGCGGAAGUUAGUACGGAAUGUAAUGUUUACAAAUCCCAUCUCAUCAAAAUUUAUAAAAUGGCAUAUAAGCUAUAGUCGAACUAAUCGAAAGAGGUUGUAUUAAUGCAUUGUCGCCCUAAAUACAGUUAAUAUCGCUAUAUCUGUUUUGAAAUGCAUUUUAAAUGACAUUCUUACACACGUGUUUGCUCAAUGGCUCACUCCCUCUACUGUAAAUUGUCCCGGUUUCAUGUCAGAUGUGAGCAGCUAAGCUGAAGCGAGGCGUCCGCUGGAAGGGAAUAGAGUAGUGGGGACUUGGAUGAGCUGGAGGGGAGGUCUGUGAUGGACACGAGUCCAACGAAGCGGCUCCGGAGAGCGGAGGAAGAUGGAGAGAGGAGAGGAGGAGGAGAGCCAGGGGAGGCUGAGGAGAGGAAGACAGUGGAUGUGAGUGUUAUCAUGCCGGUGCACAAUGCAUCAUGUUGGCUGGAGGAGUGUCUGCAAGCUGUAUUUCACCAAGAUUUUGCUGGCUCCAUGGAGCUCUCAGUGUUUGAUGAUGCAAGCACAGAUGACUCGAGGAAAGUGCUGGAGAGUUGGAGGCAGAGGAUGGAAGACAGAGGGAUCUCAGUGGUGAUCUCUGGUCAUGAUUCCUCCCAACCAAGAGGAGUGGGUUUUGCAAAGAAUAAGGCUGUGGCUCAGAGUAGUGGACGAUACUUGUGCUUUCAGGAUGCGGAUGACAUUAUGUUGCCUCAGAGAGUUCGUCUCCAGUAUGAAAAAGCUCUUCUUCAUCCGAACUCUCUCAUUGGCUGCAGAGUUCAGAGGCUGCCAGAAGGAUCUACGGCGCGCUAUACCCGCUGGAUCAACUCACUGACUCAGGAUCAGCUCAUCACUCAGGUAUACACCUCCAAUGGGCCCACGGUCGUCAUGCCAACAUGGUUCUGCCCUAGAAAGUUGUUCUUGAAAGUUGGAUUGUUUGACGAAGGUGGCAAGGGUGUCCCAGAGGAUCUGCUCUUCUUCUACCAGCUUCUUCGUCAAGGGGUGUGUCCGAUCAGGGUCGACCAGAUCCUGUUGGUUUAUCGUUACCAUGAGAGGGCUGCUACGCAUUCUGUGACAGAGGAGACUAUCUGGAAACUGCGAGUAGACUUUCUGCAGGAGAGAGUUCUCAGGCAGUGGGAGAACUUCACCAUAUGGAACGCUGGUAAACAAGGGAGGAAGCUCUACCGAAGCCUGAGCCUGAUCAAUCAGAAGAAAGUCAAAGCAUUGUGUGAUGUGGAUGCAAACAAAAUUCAGAAGAAUUUCUACACAUAUGAGGAAUCCAAGCAAAGACCAAAGCCUACAAUCCCCAUCUUGCACUACAAAGAAGCCACGGGCCCCUUUAUUAUCUGUGUUAAACUGGACAUGACAGGAGGAGUCCUAGAGGAAAACCUAAACUCUUUGCAGCUGAAGGAAGGAACAGAUUACUACCAUUUCAACUGACAGUUCAGAGUGAUGCAGAAGACCACAGGAGCCCUGCAGGUUAAACAGACAAAGGACUGGUUAUUGAAAACAUAAACACAACCUCAGUGAUAGACUGCUUCUAAACAGGACGUGAAGCAGUAACAGAUUAUAGGACAAAGAGGAAAGAAGUUCAUAUUUCACUUAAAAUAUUAAAGGUCCUAUUUUAUUUUAAGUCCCAAUGGUUUAACUUGGCAAAGUUAUCUGGUCUGGUUUUCUGCUUCUUUCUUUUUUCUCAGUUUCAACUUUGUUACUCUUGGCGCUUUCCGUAGCGCUUUAACAAAAAAAACUAUUUUUAGGGGAGUGCACUUUUAUUUUUUUCAUUUUUGUGUUUUCUCCUAUCUAAUGUCAGAAUUCAAAUAAAAUUUAAACCAAUUUACUACUGUAGAUGAAAUGACGCUUAAGAAAUUGUAAAAUCCACAGCAGCUGAGCAGCCUCUUUAGAAUACUUGCUCACAUUGUUGAUCUUAUGGUAAAAGUUUCUUAUGGUUUUCAAAGGUUAAUGAAAGUAACUACUGGUCAGACUCAAUAAGUUAUAGAAUAAUUACAAAGUUAUGUGUUUCUCUGAUACAUUUAAAAAAGUUUUUCUCACACAUUAUAUAGAUUUAUUUGGUACAGUCAUAUAUUUCAAGAGUUUAUUCCUGCCAAUGGUUCUGCUUACAGCAAAUGACAACCCAAAACUCCGUCUCUCAGAAUGUGGCAUAUUCCAUAAGACAAUGUUAUCUUUAAUUAGUCUGCUGUAAAAAUUCACUGAUGUAUCAGGUAAAAAAAUAUACAUUCAGUUCUAGUUUACUCCUCAAUAUGCAUGAUUUUUUGCAUGAUUUGUGAAUUAAUUAAUGUGAUGUCAACUGCGAAAGUGCUCCGUCUACAUUGAAAUGCAAGUCAGAGUAAACAAAAGUUCUCACAAAAGUAUAGUGGUUUAACCCCGACAUAGUGAAGCACGAUGUUACUUGAGAAAUUCAAUAUGGCAUAACUGAUCAGCAGACUUUCAGGCAAAGACAGCCUAAAAUGUUUUUAGCAUCAAGCCAGUAAAGUUAUUUCAAAGCAACAACAGAUAAAUCAGCUUUAAAGCCCACAUUUAUCACAGGGAGAGAAAAAUAAUAAAGAAUACAGUCAGGCUGGCUGAGUAAAGUUGUGUGUGGGCCUUUUUAAAGUUAAAAAAGCAGGUGAAUAAAUAUAUUACGUAAAUGAGAGGGUAAAAAUCUAAAGCAUAUUUUAUUUAUUUCAAAGAUGCAUAUAAAAGAAAAGCAUAAAAAGAACAGCAUUUUACAAUAUAGAGGAUACAUAGUUUGAAAAGGAGGAAGUAGAAGUGUGAAGUUAAGUAUCCCACCCCCUUCAGUUCAUAAUCCAGCAACAAAAGCCUAUCCAAGCUAUAAGCAAACAAUGCAGUUACAAAAAACUUAGAUUAUUAACUUUGAACAAACAACCCUCAGCCCCAGUGGUUUUGCAGUUGCUCAUGAGGUUAAUAGCUUUGUUCAUCUUUUACAUUUUCCAAGACUCCUUUUUUACUUUUGUAUUUGCUCUGGGUCCACUCUCUAAUACUUUGAGUAAUAUGUGUCUGAUUUGCAUGGUCAAAUGUACAAAUUCCACUUUAUCACACAA